AUGAACCUUUCGGGCAAGGAGAGAUCCAGAUGGCCGCCGCUCACGCGGAUGCUGCUGUCGGGAGAUGUCAACGAUGAACCUCCGAGGCCGCUGUUCCUGAAAGAGAGAUUCGAUCGAUGGAUGAUCAAUGAAGGCUACCGGCGCCUCUUUGUCGGCAUCUUCAUACUGGCCCAUCUCCUGGUUUUCUGCUUUGGAAUGGCUCAUUACGGCUUCAAGGACAACCUAACUCAGUCGAGAGCUCAAUUCGGAUUGACCUUUACUGUCGCUCGUGCGGCAGCGCUCGUGCUACAUUUCGAUGUCGCCCUCAUUCUGUUUCCCGUCUGCCGGAACCUGAUUUCGCUGCUCCGUCAGACAUCGUUGAACGGCAUCAUCCAGUUCGACAAGAACAUCACGUUCCACAAGCUGGUCGCCUGGUCUAUUGUCUUCUUCACAUGGGUCCAUACCAUUGCGCACUGGAACAACCUCGCCCGAUUCGCCGCUGCGAACAACCUGGGAUUCGUAGGGUUCCUCCUGGCAAACCUUGCCACUGGCCCCGGUUGGACUGGCUACGUGAUGUUGAUCGCUUUGAUGGCUAUCGUGUUCACCUCCAUCGAGAAACCGCGCCGGGCAAACUACGAACGCUUCUGGUACACGCACCAUCUCUUCAUCAUUUUCUUCGUCAUGUGGUCAAUCCACGGAGCCUUCUGCAUGAUCAGGCCGGACUUUGCGCCUUUCUGCAACGUUGUCGGAGUCUUUUGGCAGUACUGGAUGUACGGGGGUUUCCUGUAUCUGGCCGAGAGGAUCGCACGCGAAGUGCGUGGAAAGCACAAGACGUACGUCUCGAAGGUCAUCCAGCACCCGAGCAAUGUGGUGGAGAUCCAGAUCAAGAAGGAGCACUGCAAGACCAAGCCCGGUCAAUACAUCUUCCUUUGCUGCCCCGAGAUUUCCGUCUGGCAGUACCAUCCCUUUACUCUGACGAGCGCCCCCGAAGAGGACUACAUCUCGGUGCACAUCCGAUGCGUGGGCAACUUCACCAAAGCCCUUGCGAAAGCCCUUGGCUGCGAAUUCGACAACAAGGGCGAUGCGAAGGGCAGCAAGAACGGCACCGUCAUCAGCGCCGCGGCCGACGAGAAGGGCGUCGAGCCCAGCCUGCGCCGGAUCUUGCCUCGCGUCUACAUCGACGGGCCGUUUGGCAGCGCGUCCGAAGACGUCUUCAAGUUCGAGGUGGCCGUCCUCGUCGGCGCCGGUAUUGGCGUCACGCCGUUUGCCUCGAUCCUCAAGAGCAUCUGGUACCGGAUGAACUACCCGCAGGGACGGACGCGCCUUCGCAAGGUGUACUUCUUCUGGAUUUGCCGAGACUUUGGCUCGCUGGAGUGGUUCCGGUCGCUGCUCAUGGCCAUCGAGGCACAAGACGUUAUGGACCACAUUGAGAUCCACACCUACCUGACGGCCAAAGUCAAGCUCGACGACGCCACCAACAUCAUGAUCAACGACGCCAACGCCGAGCAAGACGCCAUCACCGGCCUGCGCGCGCCCACCAACUUCGGCCGCCCCAACUGGGACAUGAUCUUCAAGGCGAUCCGCAAGAUCCACUCGCCCGCCGAGGCGGGCGUCUUCUUCUGCGGGCCCAAGGGCCUCGGCAGCCAGCUGCACAUCAAGUGCAACAUGUACUCGGACCCGGACUUCCACUUUGUCUGGGGCAAGGAGAACUUUUAG